UCUUCACGACCACCAGAGGGACAGAGACGACCCCCUAGCAACAGUGCGCGCAGUCGCAGAAUAUACCAGGAUGUGCUGCGUAAUCCCAGAAUUACCAAGAUAUAAAAAGGGACCCUGGUGGGGGUGAGGCGUGCGCCAUUGGCGGAGCUGAGACUCCCCGGCUGCCCAGCGCUGUUCUGCUUGCUGUUGCUUACUCAAUAAAUUCCUUUCUAUUAUUAAUGCAACGCUCUCUGAAAAUUAAUUAAGGGGGCAACUUAUAACAAGCGAUAGGACCUGAGGGAAUGGCUUCAAGCUGCAACAGGAGAGGUUGACGCUGGAGAUCAGGAAAAGGUUCUUCACUGGGAGGGUGUCUGCGACAGCCCCGCAGUGAUGUCAUGCUUGAGGUUGGAGUGGGACCCCUUAUGUCACAGUGACAGCUGCCAUAUUGCCACAUGCACUGUCCCCGCUGCACAGAAGUGCAGAGGAGGAGGAGAGUGGAGAAGGAGUUUCCUGUUGAGAAUCCCCACCACAAGGAUGCAAUUUCCCUUUGUCAAGCUCCCCGCGCUGCGGGUGCUCGGCCUGGAUGGUAAGGCCUUCAGGAGCUGUGCCACCGGUGUUAUUGAGUGAUAUCAGUCCCCAACAUUGCAGCUGCGGGGAGGGCUGGGGAGGAGUGCAGGAGGCCCCAAGUGGUUGUCCCGUAUGGCUGAAGGGUGACAGUGGCAGGAAAUCUGUGGUGACACUUCCCCAGGGAGAGGGUCAGCUCUGGAGAUCAGCAUUGGAAGGGAAAGGGAGAGAAGGGCAGAGAAAGGAAGGACAGGGGAACCUGUUGUAGGCUGUCUGACCUCCCCGCAUUUCUAGAAACUUCCUGAAACACAUGUGUUGGCAAUCUGGGCUUUCCUUGCAACCAGCCACAGCCUCUGGCUGUUCCCCGCUGGCUCUUCUGGUCUUUCCAGAUGGGCAGAAGGGGCCUGGAGCUGGGGGGCCACUUCCCCUUGCAGACACCAGCUGGUGGGAUGCCAGUGCCCAAGUCCCUUCUGCUGCCCCUGGCUGAGCCCAGCCCUCUCUCAGGCUCACCCUGAGGCUGAGAGCCUGAAGGCAGCCAAGAGUUCAGCCCUGUAGCCCCUACCUGCAUUUGCUCCGGCUGACACCUCUGCCAACCGCUGCGCACUCCAGCUCCGUGCUUGGGCAGGAGCUGAAUGGAGGUGGGCUUGCUGGCCUGACGUGUCUCUCCCUUGCUUUUCAGAUGUCAUAAGAAUUUGGGACGGUGUGUCCCAGUACAUGCUCCAGCAGUUUGCACUGAAAAAGGGUGUAGCUGUAGAUGUGCUUGGCGUUUUCUACAUACUGCAGAAGCACAGCGGCGAGGUGAACAGGGACAUGGUUGUGCCCAGGUUUCACCUGUCAGAGAGGGUCGCACGGGCGCAGGGGCUCAGCUACACCAACAGCGACAUCCCCGAUGACCUCAAAGUUGUCCCCCUGGACUAUUCUGAAUUGUCACAAAAGACAUCCAUUCCCGAGAAGCUGGUGAAGGAGUGUGUGAAUGACAUCGUGGUACUCUUCGCCUGGGGUGCCGGACUGGGGGAGGAUUACGACCUUGUUUUCAAGGGCAUCGGUUCUCUGAUGAGCCGAAACAAGAUCCUCACGAUGAGAUACCACCCAGAGUUUCUCCUCGCCAUUGAUGGGACUGGAACUGUCUUAGAAUGUCUGCUCUCCAACCCACGGACAAAGAUUUGCGUGCUGUCAGGCAAAGAACCUGAUCCUUUCCACGUGCGUCCUGGUGGGAUCCGCGUGCUUCCGACGUUUAAGAUCAAGCUACCCCCUGGCAGAAAAGCUGGAGAGCUUUCCUCCACCGAGCGAGACAGUGAGAAAGAAAAGGUGUCUUCUUUCCCAGGGGCAGGCAGCCCUCAGGCUAAGCAUCCCCGCCACCAAAAGAAACGUCCACUGAGCAGACUGAAAGCGGCAAAGGACGAGAAGGGGCAACAGGGACAGUAGAAGGAAGACUGUGGACAACAAUGAGUUUAGCGCACUGUUAGCCAGCCUGAAGAUGAAGUUUGAGGCUGAAAAACAGGAAGUCUUGGCAGAAGACCUGGCUAAGGAGAGAGCGAGUGAAGGUAACGCAAGCCCAGACUACCCAAAGCGUGCCCACUGCCCCAAGUUGCAGCUCCUCUGCAGCAGGACACUUCCCCACACCACCCCAUUCCCGAGCAGAUCUUGCCGAGUGCUCUUUCACUUGAGCACUGUCACAGGACUGAGAGCCUCCUAGGAAAUGUGACUCCAUCAGGGUCACUGCCACAGAAAGCAUCCCACCAGUACCCAGCAGUUCCACAGGCACCUCUGGUCUGAGCUGCCACAAGGACGUGGCUGUGGCCUGGAGGUCUGAAGGCCUUUCUCACGUCUUGCUUCAAGGGCAUCUUCCCAGUAAGCCCCUGCUGCCCCGAAGGAGGCUUUCCCCCAUGAUGCUUCCUGUGCUGAAACCAAAGGAUGGACGGGGAGGGCAAGCUGCAGGAGACAAGCCCCCUGAGAGGUGAGAGAGAUGGAGAGACGUAGCGGGUACUGGUGUGCCCUGGUCAUGGUGGCAGGGAGAUGUUUGUGUCAGCCACACUGCUGGGCAAAGGGCAUGGAAGUUUUCCUGCAGGAGAUAACUGGCAGUUCUGCUUUUCUCCCUAUG